AAUACGCAAAACAACCAACAACAACAGCAGCAACAACAACAACCAGCAACAACAUCUUCCCAAUCAUCCCAACCAUCAUUUGCUUGGUCACAACCAUCUUCAUCCCAACAAAAUAACACCUUACAACAACAACAACCGUUGUCAUUUGCAUCAAAUACUUCACAAGAUCCAAGGGUCAAUUCAAACUAUGCCAUCACAAUUCAAGAACAGUUAUCAAAAGUUAAAAACUCAUGGGAUCCUACAUCUCAGCAAACAGCAUUGAAAACUUUUUUUUACAACACAGUUCCAGAAAACCAAUCAGCUUUAUAUACAAAACCAGCCAAUGAAAAUGAAGAAUGGGAUAAAGCAUAUGCCAAAAAACCUAGCAAUAACUCAAUUCCUGUAAGAGCUGUUGGAUUUGGUGAUUUGCAGAAAAGAUCACAAACUCAAAUAAAUCAUGUUGCACAAGCUAGAGUAAUUUUACAACAGAUUAGUGAAAAGAAUAAAAUGUUGAGUGAUAAGCAUGAUUUGGAUACUGCUUCAAGAAUUAUUGCAGCAAAGGCUAAACAUUCGAGAAUUUCCAAAAGAAUCUUGAGAUUAGUUUCAACCCUAGCUGUAUUGAAAUCAAAAGGAUAUCAAUUAUCGCCAAAUGAAGAAAAAUUAAUACAAACAUUUCAAGAAUUAUUGAACAAAUCUCAAGAUCCUUCAGGAUUAGGUAAAAGUAAUGAAUUAUGGGCAAGAUUAGCAGUUCUAAAAGAAAAGGCUAAAAGUUUAAGUGAUCAAUUGGAUAAUACUUUAGGUAUUCAAAAUCUUGAUAAUAAUAAUGUUGAUGAUAUUAAUGAUAGUGAACAAAAACAAUCACAAAUAUUGAAGAUUGCACACGUUUUACAACAACAACAAAAUGGUAUUAAAUACCUUGCUGAGAUCAUUGAAAAUGAUGAAAAGACAGUUCAAAAUUUCCUUAAAUGA